GAGAAUGAGCCUUUUAAAAGUCCAGAGAGUUCCAAGCAUCACAUUUCUAGUUAAACAAAGGUUACAAGUGUGCAUUCAUUUCCGUGUAAAAUCAAUCUAAAUUCUAAACAAACUUUAAUAGCUCAACGUAUUUAACUUGUCUUUAUUUGUAACUCUACUCAGGCUUCGUUUCGAUAUUUAUCUAGAAAAUGGAGAGUGAUGUUACGGAAGUUGAAAUUAAAGAAGAGUUAGUUGAAAUUGAUGUCGAGGUAACUGCAAUUAAAGAAGAGUUGGAUGAAUGCUACAUAUGCGGAGAGGAAUGUCCUCCGAAGGAACUUGAACUGCACAUUUUGUCUCAUAUUGCCCCACAAAUUUUUCAAUGUAGUAAGUGCCUUGAUCGAUUUGGAAAUGAGAGAGAUCUCAAAGAACAUCUCAAAACCCAUCCGAAGCCAUUUAUGUGUCAGAUAUGCGACAUGUCAUUUUCCACCAAAAAUUAUUUGAGGCAGCAUAGCAUUUGUCAUGCUGAUUCAAAACCACAUGAAUGCGAAGUUUGUGGCAAAGCUUUUCUUCGACCUGCUGAUUUAAAGAGACAUUAUCGGAUCCACACUGAUGAAAAACCAUAUAAAUGUGAAGUAUGCGACAGAGGUUUCAAGCAAAGUGCUAACAUGAAAAAACACCAACAAACUCAUACUAGAGUGUACAAGCCACGGCGAAAUUUUCAUAACUCUGAUUCAGGGGAUAUACAUCAAUUAUCUGAAGAGUACCCUCACUUGUGUACGGUGUGCUUCAGAACUUAUCCAACUAAAGCCAACUUGAAGCGCCAUCUCUUGACUCACACUGAAGAGAGACGUUAUGUAUGUAACAUUUGUGGCAAGGCUUUUACUCAAUCCUACCAUUUGACUUCUCACAAAAGGAUUCAUACCGGGGAAAGACCGUUUAAAUGUGGAAUGUGCGGCAAAUGCUUUGCAAGUAAAUGGCCAUUGCAUCAGCAUCUUAAGACUCACACUGAUGAGAAACCUUACAAAUGUGAUGUUUGUAACAAAAAGUUUUUGCUGAAGUCCUAUUUGACCACCCAUGUUUUGAUUCAUUCUAAGCAACAUGUUUGUGAUAUAUGUGGUAAAGUAUUCGCUCGCAGCGGAUAUUUGAAACAGCAUUAUCUCACUCAUGCAAUUAAUGUUAAGGAAGAAAAAAAGAGCACCGAGUUUUUAGAAGUUGAUGACGAAUGAAUAGACUUUCAUUUUUGUUGUGAUCAAAAACAUUACUUAUUUUGCAAAUAUAAAUCAUUGUUUCAAAUCGGCUAAAAAACGGAUUAAAUGCAUUUUUGUUAAAAGAAGGUACCUCCACUUUUAACGUUUAUGAAAUUAAAGUUCUUCCUCAGUUAUGUGCCUGCAAAAAAAAAAGAAGAAUUUCCUCUACUGGGUGUGAUUUUUAACUCAAAGAGUUCAGAAGAAAUUUUGUAUUGGUGUGUUACAUGUGUCAGAAUAGUUAUGUUUUGGCUAGAAGUAGAUAGUGAUUUCCAAGAAGAAAAAAGAGCUAAACCAAAAGCGUUAAAUUUGUAACUACCCAGGACACUGCAUACUUACAUUUAAUGUUUAUCACAUUAAGAACCAGGUCUUGGUGAUAGCAGUUAGUGCAAACAGAGACUAAGAUGGGAAUAUUCCUAAGGUUUUGGUAGUAUUGUGUAACUGAUUUAAGAAAAUAGUAGUUCAGAGAAUUUUGAAGAAAAAGAAGUGAAAAUUUCCCAGUCAUCCUUGCCAGCAAUCCUGUUUUAAGUUUUAUAUUAGUGUAUUCAACUUAAAAAACAAUUUGGGAAUUUCUUAAAUAAAUUAUUGUGUUUAAAAAAUAAAAAUCUGGUAUGAAUAAUGCGUAAAUAAAUAAGAAAGCUGUUAGGUCUAAUUGUUAUGAAACUUCUUAUGUUUAAUUGUUGCUAAUAAUAUAUUAUUUGACUAAAAUGUUUAACAGGUAUUUUAUUACUGAUUUAUUUGAUCAGGAAAGGAAUUUUUUUAAAAAUUAUUUUAAUCAGCAUGUAUGUGCUCAGUUACCAACAUGAGACGUACCCAUGUAGUCACCAAAUUUAAUUUUAUUUUUCUAGAGUUUAGUUUUAAUGCCCUUAAAAUCCCUUUCAUUAAGAGCACUAUUAAUGAUGAAUGGUUAGAAAUGGAGCUACCUUUAUUUUGAAUUAAAAUUUAUCAGUUGAAAAUGCAGCACUAUAGCUCACCUAAA